GCUGUCACACCAUCAUCCCACCACGGCCGCGAAACACAGCACAGGCCGGGCCACCGUCUGUCUCUGAGUAAGGACUAGGAAACGUCGCCAAGAUGUCUGACAUGGAAGACGAUUUCAUGUGCGACGAUGAAGAGGAUUACGACCUGGAAUAUUCAGAGGACAGUAACUCCGAGCCAAAUGUGGACCUCGAGAACCAGUACUACAAUUCAAAAGCCCUGAAGGAGGAUGACCCCAAAGCUGCACUCAGCAGUUUCCAAAAGGUAUUGGAACUGGAGGGAGAGAAAGGAGAGUGGGGAUUCAAAGCAUUGAAACAGAUGAUCAAAAUCAACUUCAAGCUGACAAACUUUCCAGAGAUGAUGAACAGGUACAAGCAGCUUCUUACAUACAUCAGAAGUGCUGUCACCAGGAACUACUCUGAGAAGUCCAUCAACUCCAUUCUGGACUAUAUCUCUACCUCCAAACAGAUGGAUUUGCUGCAGGAAUUCUAUGAGACCACUUUGGAGGCUUUGAAAGAUGCAAAAAAUGACAGGCUGUGGUUCAAAACAAACACAAAGCUGGGGAAGCUCUACUUGGAGAGAGAGGAGUAUGGAAAACUGCAGAAAAUCUUACGGCAACUUCACCAGUCAUGUCAGACGGAUGAUGGAGAAGAUGACCUGAAGAAAGGCACACAGCUGUUGGAGAUCUACGCUCUCGAGAUCCAAAUGUACACGGCACAAAAAAACAACAAGAAAUUGAAAGCUCUUUAUGAGCAGUCACUUCAUAUUAAAUCUGCCAUUCCUCACCCGCUCAUUAUGGGAGUUAUCAGAGAGUGUGGUGGAAAGAUGCACUUGAGAGAGGGUGAGUUUGAGAAAGCGCAUACAGAUUUCUUUGAGGCCUUUAAAAACUAUGACGAGUCUGGAAGCCCAAGGAGGACAACAUGCCUGAAAUACCUGGUCUUAGCCAACAUGCUGAUGAAGUCAGGAAUAAACCCCUUUGACUCACAAGAGGCCAAACCAUACAAAAAUGACCCAGAGAUCCUAGCGAUGACAAACUUAGUAAGCGCCUACCAGAACAAUGACAUCACUGAAUUUGAGAAAAUCUUGAAAACAAAUCACAGUAACAUAAUGGAUGACCCCUUCAUUAGAGAGCACAUAGAGGAGCUCCUGCGGAACAUUAGAACUCAAGUACUUAUCAAACUCAUCAAACCGUACACAAGAAUACACAUCCCUUUCAUUUCUAAGGAGCUGAACAUUGAUGUGUGCGAUGUGGAGAGUUUGCUGGUGCAGUGCAUCUUGGAUAACACAAUCCAUGGCCGUAUUGACCAAGUAAACCAGCUACUAGAACUGGACUACCAGAAGAGAGGAGGGGCCCGCUACACAGCUUUAGACAAAUGGACAAAUCAGCUGAACUCUCUGAACCAAGCCAUUGUUAGCAAGCUCACAUGAUGACAUGUAAAAAUCAUGAGGCAAGGAAAAUGGCAUGUUUGAAUACAUCCAUAAAAUAUGCUACUGUGCUUCUUCAAGUAUAACCUCCGAGACGAGCGCUGCAGCACAGGUUUUGCGAAAGCCAACAAGAAGACUCCACAAGACCCACAAGAACAUGUUCAAAGUGUGUUGUUUUGUCCCGACGAGAGGAAAUCACUGACACUUGUUUUUGUUUUUUCAUGUUCCUGAUUGGCAGACCAAUGUACAACACACAAACACUUCAUUUCUGUACAAAAGGAAUCCAAAUGUGUGUUAAAACCGUGUACACAGUAUUUAAUGUAUACUGUUGCCUGUUGGUAAUAAACAAAAUUCUUUCAGCACUAAAAAGAUUUACCUGCCUUUGACUAGCUACAGGGUGUGGAAAUAGGGUUGAAGUGGAAUAAAAAAAUCUUUUUAACUCAGAAAAGAAGCCCUGAAGAAAUUGUUUUUUCUUGAGUUGUAUCAUUGUUCCAAGUUAUUUGUAGACUCUCAUGUUACUGGCUCAGCAGGACUCUUUCCAAAAGAAAUCUAGUCACUAAAAGUCAAAAAGCUUUAUUUUAAUUCAUAUCUAUAAUAGCACUUUUGGUGAUAUUAAGGAGGAAUAUUGAUGUAUCUUGCAUUUUCUGCGACAUGCAACUACUCACUGUCUACCCUUCUUUUGGACAUGUGAACAUACUCUGGAUGUUUGGCAAGUUGUAAAGCGAUUUGCAUUUGAUUAGAUCUAUGUUGAUCUUGUUUUGUGCUUGAAUGACAUCUUGUUUGGCUCCACAAAUAGAAAAAACUCUUAGUCUCUUAUGAGACUUUUACAGUUCAUGGAUUCACAAAUGGAUAAUUAAAUCCAGAGGGAGGCAGUAACGCAACAUUGAAGAUGCCAGCUGUUGUAAAACCAGUCGAAGAACUUCUCAAAUUUGUACAUUGACAAGACUGAAAGAAAACAAUAAAAUGUUUUUGUUCUUAUUA